AUGAGCGAAUUGAAAAAGAAAAGCAAAAAAAACUCUGUAUCUAAAACAGAUAAAAAUAAUACUAAAGAUUUAGCAUCUUUAGCUGCCAAGAUUAAAGCUAAAGCUCUAGAAAAUAAGAAAAAGGAAGAAGAAGAAAAGCUAAAACGAGGCAAAGACACAGAAGCUUCAGAUGAAGAUCAAUCAGAUGAUAAUUCUAAUAAAAAGGAUAAAGAUAAUCAAGAAGCUGAAGAAGACGAAAACGAAUAUGAAACCUUCAGCAGUUUUUCUGAAUUGAAAUUAGUACCUGAAUUAGUUGAAGCUUGUAAGAACUUAAACUAUGAAAAACCUACACCAAUUCAAUCAAGAGCUAUUCCACCCGCGCUUGAAGGUAAAGAUAUAAUUGGUUUGGCUCAAACUGGUUCUGGUAAGACCGCAGCUUUUGCAAUUCCAAUUUUAAAUAAAUUAUGGGAAGAUCAACAACCUUAUUAUGCCUGUAUUAUGGCUCCAACCAGAGAAUUAGCUCAACAAAUUAAAGAACAAUUCGAUUCUUUAGGUGCCCUCAUGGGUGUUCGUAGUGUUUGUAUUGUUGGUGGUAUGAACAUGAUGGACCAAGCUAGAGAUUUAAUGCGUAAGCCACAUAUCAUUAUUGCCACUCCAGGUAGAUUAAUGGAUCAUUUGGAAAAUACUCGUGGGUUUUCCUUAAGAAAACUAAAAUUCUUAGUUAUGGAUGAAGCUGAUAGAUUAUUGGAUUUAGAAUUUGGCCCUGUAUUAGACCGUAUUUUAAAAAUUUUACCCACUCAAGGAAGAACCACAUACCUAUUUUCUGCUACCAUGACGUCUAAAAUUGAUAAAUUACAAAGAGCAAGUUUAACUAACCCAGUUAAAUGUGCAGUUUCGAAUAAAUAUCAAACUGUAGAUACUUUAAUUCAAACUUUAAUGGUUGUUCCCGGUGGCUUAAAGAAUACUUACUUGAUUUAUUUAAUAAAUGAAUUUGUUGGUAAAAGUAUUAUUAUAUUUACUAGAACAAAAGCUAACGCUGAACGUCUUUCUCUUUUAUCAAACACUUUAGAAUUCGACGCUAUUGCUCUACAUGGUGAUUUAAACCAAAACCAAAGAACUGGUGCUUUAGAUCUUUUCAAAGCUGGUAAGAAAUCUAUAUUGAUCGCUACAGAUGUUGCAGCAAGAGGGUUAGAUAUUCCAUCUGUUGAUAUUGUUAUUAAUUAUGAUAUACCUGUGGAUUCUAAAUCAUACAUCCACCGUGUUGGUAGAACUGCCAGAGCUGGUAGAUCCGGUAAAUCGAUUUCUCUAGUAUCCCAAUAUGAUUUAGAGUUAAUUUUAAGAAUUGAAGACGUUCUGGGUAAAAAAUUACCAAAAGAAAAUGUUGAUAGAGAUAUAAUAUUGUCCUUAAGAGAUUCUGUUGAAAAAACUAAUGGUGAAGUUAUUAUGGAAUUAAAUAGAAGAAAUAAAGAAAAACAAUUAAGAGGUAAAGGUAGAAGAGGCAGAAUGAUUGCAAAGGAUAACAUGGAUAAGGACGAACGUUAA